AUGAGUAGAUUUCAUUUAUCAUCAGCAAAAUUAAACGAAACCCCGAAUCAUUACGAUUUUAGAGUCGUAUGGAUUGAUUCCAGUGGUGCACCAAAGGAAUUAGAGGAUUUCGAUAUGGAUUUACGGAAAUAUGAUUCAUGUGAAAAUUGUGAAAAUGAUAUAAAGAAAUUUGAAAGCAAAAAUAAAUUUCUUAUUGUAUUGAAAGAUUUUAUACCUGAAGCAGAUUUUCAAAAUUUACGUCAAAUUCAAUCAAUUUAUGUUUUAAAAGAAAACUAUCAAAGUCUCACAUAUAAUCGAACAAAUCAUCCAAAAGUAGUUGAAAUAUUUGAAGAUAUCAACACAUUAAUCAAUCGAUUACAUAAAGAUAUCUUAUUAGCGCAUAGAGAUUUACCAAUAAGUAUAUCUCCUUUAUAUGAAAUAAAGAAUGAACAAUCUUUAACCAAAUUAGAUGGAAAUACAUUAAUGUUUUUAUGGGAUCAACUUUUUAUUUAUUAUUUAGUACAUCCUAUUAAAGAAAAUAUGGAGGAAUUAAAAACGGAUAUGUUAAAACAAUGUGAAAUAGAUUAUAGAGGUAAUGAAAGCCAACUACGUCAUAUAAAAUCUUUCGAUGAAAAAUGUUCCGAUAAAAAUGCAGUAAUAUGGUAUACAAAAGGUACAUUUUUAUAUCGAAUUUGUAACAAAGCAUUCCGAACAAGAAAUACUGACUUUAUGCGUAAAUUUCGAUAUUUUAUUAUUCUUUUCUAUAAAAACUUUGAAUCGUUAUCAAAAUCACAAAACAAAAAUAUUUCACCUGUUUAUCGAGGACAAAGUAUGAAUAAAACUGAACUUGAGAAGUUAAAGAAGUUAAAUCGUGGAAGUUUGGUCUCGAUAAAUACAAUUCUAUCAACAUCACGUAACGAAUCAGUUGCUCGUUUAUUUAUUCAUGAAGGUGAAGAUGAAGAUGCAGUCAUUUUUAAAAUUAAUAUUCCAAAUCAAAAUGAUAACUCAUUUAAACCAUUUAUUGAUAUUUCAGAAAUUAGUGAAAUACCAGGAGAAGAAGAAGUUUUAUUUUUUGUCGGAACCGUUUUUUCUAUUCAUUCUAUUCAAGAUGAAACUGGUUCACCAUGUAUUAUUGAACUUACUCUCAAUAAUGAUCCAUAUGUCCACUUUAGAAAAUUAGUUUCUAUUUUGGCACCAGAAUUUCGAAAGAUCCUAGAAUGCAAUUUAGGUCUAUAUGACAAAGCUAUUCAAUUAUAUGAACAAGCUCCCCCACUAACGGAUAAUUCUGCAAACAGUCCUGAAUUCAUAGUUAUUCAUAUUAUUAUUGGUUAUCUCUAUUAUCAUUUAUCUCGAUAUGAUAAAGCUGAAGAACAUUAUGCUAUUGUAUUAUCAGUAUUAGACGAAAAAAAUUUAUUAACAAGUGAACUUUAUAGACACAUUGCUGAUAUCAAGAAGAAAAGAAACAACGACGAUAUUGCAUUAUCCUAUUAUCAAGAAGCAUGGAACAUUGCAAAUUACCGAUAUAUUCCUUCUUUACGAUAUAUUUGUCAAGAAAUCAUCGAUAUACUAACAGCACGAGGCAGUUCUUAUGAUGCUCGUAUUUAUGAAAUCCAAUUACAAAAAAUUGAUCCGAAUAAAUACUACUAUAUAUCAUCAUCAACGUUGGAUGAUCCAACUAUACUAGAUGAUUGUCGAUCCCGAUUGAACAAUGAACGAGAACCUAUUGAACGUGCUGAUUUAUUAUAUAAAAUUGGUCUACAUUGUGUAGUACAAGAGCAUUUUGAGGCAGCUCUAAAAUACUUUUUACAGGCGAAAGAUCUCUGUUUAAAUCAGCCACCAUCAUGGAAUCGUUUUUCUCAACAUUUACCUACAUUAUUCGAUAAUAUUGCAAUGCUUUAUCUAUAUUUUAAAGAUUAUUUCGAAGCAUUGAUAAUGUUUAGAAAAGCUAUUGACAUACGUAGCAUUUUUCGUUCUUACUAA